UAUGCAUUUCUGUAUUAUACAUACAUACUGCAGACAAAGUGCCAUAUAAUAAAGUGUCACAUGUUCCAUAUUAGGUUUUUGUUGGUUAAGUUAGUUUUAAAAAAUUCAGAAUGUCACUAUUUACUAGAAAAUACCUUUGGAGAUACUCGAAACUCUCGAGUAUCAGUAAAGCGUUCAGCACAGCGGAUACCGUAAAGAUCCCAUUCUUAACUGGAUUAUCCCUUGAAUUUCAUACGAUUUGGCUCAGACAUCAUUGUCCCUGUGAAAAUUGUUUCAAUCCAAAAACAUUUCAAAAAAUGGUGAUCCCAUCGAAGCUCCCAGAUUUGUCGGUGAUUAAAGACGUGGAAACGAAUUCGUCACUGAAUUCCGUUCAAAUCACGUGGAUGGAUGAUCACAAAUCCACUUUUGACAUGAAUUGGCUGCAGAAAGUGAAUACAAAAUGGUUAAAAAUACCAGAAAACUAUUUCCUCAAGGAGGACGAUGACCAAUAUAAGUACAACUUUACUAAUAUUCAUCCGUUUCCAUCUGACCCUUUGCAAAAUGCUGUAAACUAUGACGAUUUCAUGUCAUCGGACCACAGUUUGGCGGAAUUACUGGGAAAUAUUGUGAAACAUGGGUUCGGAAUUGUGCAAAAUGCUCCUCCAGAUUUCAACUCUACGAAAGAAGUCGUCUUGAGAAUUUCGCAUCCGCAGAACACCAUUUACGGAGACUUUAGUCAAUGGACGUCGAAUUUGGCACAUGCAGAUACUGCUUACACGUCGGAGUAUGUCCACCUUCACACGGAUACGAGCUAUUUUUCGGAACCGAUGGGACUACAAAUGUUCCACUGUCUCAAGCAUGAAGGAACUGGUGGAAUGAACUCUCUCGUGGAUGGGUUUGCCAUUGUGAAGAAAUUCCAUGAAAAUUUUCCAGGGGAACAUUCCCUCUUGAAGAAAGUAUUUAUCCCCAGCCAAUUCUUGGAUGUUGGGAAGCAUCAUUUUUAUACGGCGGAUGUCACCUUUAAAUACAGCCUUCUGACACGAUCAAUUGAACGCUUCCGAUAUAAUCCCCACGAUAUGGCGACCCUUGACACAAUACCGUUCAACCUGAUUGCCCCAUUUUAUACGAGCUUGGUGAGAUUGUCGGAUGAAGUGGAAAGUUCCCCGGUGUGGGUGAAGCUUUCACCUGGCGUCGUAAUCUUCCUGGAUAACUGGAGAGUUCUCCAUGGGCGGAGCGAAUUCACGGGGUUUCGUCACCUUUGUGGCGCAUACAUUGGGAGAUCUGACUGGUUAUCGAAGGCCAGAGUUUUGGGUGUCGUAAAAUAAGAUAAAUUUAUUCUUGUAUUGUAAAGUAAAUAAUAAUAAACUGUCUCAAACG